AUGGCAAACAGAACUGUUAAGGAUGCCAACAGCAUUCAUGGGACCAAUCCUCAAUAUCUGGUGGAGAAAAUCAUCCGGACCCGAAUCUACGAGUCCAAAUACUGGAAGGAGGAAUGCUUUGGGCUCACCGCUGAGCUGGUGGUCGAUAAGGCCAUGGAGCUGAAGUUUGUGGGAGGAGUUUUUGGUGGCAAUAUCAAGCCAACACCCUUCCUCUGCCUCACGCUGAAGAUGCUACAGAUUCAGCCGGAGAAAGAUAUCAUCGUCGAGUUCAUCAAGAACGAGGAUUUUAAAUACGUCCGUCUGCUGGGAGCGAUGUACAUGAGGCUUACCGGCACCGCCGUGGACUGCUACAAAUACCUGGAGCCACUGUAUAACGACUACAGAAAGAUCAAGAGCCAGAACAGAAACGGAGAGUUUGAGCUGAUGCACGUUGACGAGUUCAUCGAUGAACUUCUCCACGCAGAGAGGGUCUGUGACAUCAUCCUUCCCCGCCUUCAGAAGAGACAAGUUCUGGAAGAAGCGGAGAUGUUGGACCCACGGAUCAGCGCCCUGGAGGAGGACCUGGACGAGGUGGAGAGCAGCGACGAAGAAGACGAGGAGGAAGAAAAGCCGGAGAGACUUCAGACCCCUGAGCCUCACAGACGCAGUUACCGUGACAACGACAGACCUCGCCGCUCGCCAUCACCGCGCUACAGACGCAGCCGCUCGCCCCGCCGGCGGAGCAGAUCGCCGAAGAGACGAAGCCCGUCCCCCCGCAGAGACCGCCACCGCAGCAAGAGCCCCCGACGCCACCGCAGCCGGUCCAGGGACAGACGCCACCGCUCCAAAUCCCCCGGUCACCACAGGAGCCACAGACAUCGCAGCCACUCAAAGUCUGCAGAGAGGAGUUCAAAGAAGAGUCAUAAGAAGAGCCGAAGAGGAAACGAGUGA